ACCCGGCGAAGUGGUGAUAGAAACUGGGAGCGUGGAGAUGGUGACAGGAGUAACCACGCACAAAUUCGAGGAGCAACCCGUCAGUUUGGUAGUACUGUUAGAAAUGAACUAGACCCACCAGGCAAAAUUCAUAGUUUUGGAAGCAGUGUACGAAGCAGCAAUGAAAGACCUCGGGAAGAUCGACCAGAGUUUAGUGCUAAAAAGGAGUCGUCUUCGUAUGGUAGCAGGGAUAUUGUAAGAAGCAAUCAUGAACGACUGCAGAAAGAUGAUCGGAAAGCCAAUAGCGUCAAAAUUGAAUCUAAAGUGCAGGAUAGAGGAUCUAAUUUUCGAGGUGAUGAAAGACGCUCUCAUGAGCGAUUACGUGAAGAAAGUGUACAGUCUAGCCAUGUUAAAGCCCCCAAAAGUGAAGAGCAUACAAGAAAAGAUAAGGAAAAAGUACAGAAGACUGGACGAUUUGAGCAGCCGAUUGGUGAUUAUCGUAAAGAUAUCCACAGGCAUGCUUAUCGUCAACCAGACUCCCAAGAUUAUGCUCAGACUCGACCAGAUUCCCAUAGCCAUGCCCACAUUCGACCAGAACGCCCCAGUCACCAUCAUAGCCGCGAUAAACCCUCUGUUUCCGAUAACGCUGUGACGCGAAAGGUUCCAAAAGUUGAGGAGUCUGAACAAGAAGACAAGGUUACCUCAAAGAAAACAAAUUUAAUGCAGGAUCCACUCGAGGGAGUUUCAAAGCAAGCGAAUGUCUGGAUGGUAAGUGCGCAUUUGUGA